GAAUUGGAGUGGGGUUAGGGUUUAGUGAAUGUCGAUGAGUGACCCAGAGGCGAUGAAGAAGGAGCAAUCUAUAUGCUUCCAGCCAGCGCCGGAGGAGACGAGAACCCGCGAGGAAAUAUUCAGGUCCAUGGGUAUAAUUUUGCCGGAGCGAAAGGCCAAGAAGAAGCCGUCACGAGGGGAUUGGGCCGCCACCGAGCUCGAGAGACAAUGCAUCCAGGAGGUUGCGAACAUGUGUUUCAACAAGAAGCGGCGAAGACCUCCUACACAUCCAAAGCGGAGGGCUUCCAGGCAUUCAAGGCUGCCCACCACCAAGUCACAAUCGAAUCACAUUCACAUGGCUUCUUCUUCUUCUUCUUCUUCUUCUUCUUCUUCUUCUUCUUCUGCUUGCGACGGAGAUGCCGAGAUGGAAGAGUCUGAGUCGACGGUUGUGAAGCAGCCACCCUCGUGGACGGUGGUCAAGGUCAUGGCAGACACGGCCUUCACCAGUGACUCUGACUACUACCACUAGCCAGCCCAAUGAUUUUAUUUAUUUUGUCUAGAUACUCGCAUUACCAUCGUUGAACCAGAUUCACUCAAGUCGUGGCAUGUUUCUUGCUUAAAGUAAAGACAGAAUGUUUGCUGGUUGAUCAAAUAUUUUAAUCACCUUAUGUGUAUUCCAAAGGGAUAUCGUGUUUACGAAUAGCAAGUUAUAACGAGUUUGUAUGUUU